GAACAAGGAAAAAUCAAUGGCGAUUGGCAACCAAUGAUAAACUAUUUUAAGACAACAUUUGACUCUUUCUAUCAACUUGCAUCCACAUUUCAAUUAACUAAAGAUUCGAAAGGAUUGCACAGUAGCAGCAAACAUCAUAUCGACCUUCUAUAUGUUCGAACAGUUUAUAAUUCUCUUUCUUCAACUCCCCGAAAAGUUAAUAGAAUAGUUCUCAAAUGCAUUACCAGUUUACUUAUUAAUCAAAUCAAGAAGGAACACACUGUUGAUGAACUGAAAGCUUAUUUGAUUUUACUGUUGGAUCCUCAGUUCAGCCAUUCAUCUACCUAUGUGGCUUUUGCUCAUUUAUUGCGUCAGAUUGCCUUCCUAUCUGAUGUUAAUCAUCGAAUUUUGGGGCAAUGGAUCGUAAAGUAUGUUGAAUUUAUUUUCAGGGCGGUUAUAUCCAAUAUACAUCAGUUUAUAUCCCUGCGGGUAUUUCCUGAUCAAUCUAAUCACCUGCCACCAUCUAACGCAACAUUGUGGUGGAUUCCAGCAGCUGCUAAAGUCUUAGAAAUUUUAUAUAAGGCCAACUAUACAUCGAAGUCGAAUUUUCUUUCUUAUGUAGAAUUUUAUAAUAAUACAUUGGAUCAUAUCAAUUUAAUGGCAGAUUACUAUCGAUGGCAAAAGAAGUCAGACGGCUUUUGCUUUUGCCAAUAUCCGUUUUUACUAAGCCUUCGUGCUAAACAGAUCAUCAUGCAUCAUGAUUCCGAAAAUCAAAUGAUUACAACAGCUAGGCGCGAUUUAAUAGAAAGAGUCCGAGAGAAUAAAGUGCCUAAUACCAGUGCCAUUUUUCUAAACCUAACUGUAAGACGUUCGCAUAUUGUCUCCGAUUCACUUAAUGAGAUUGCAAAUAAACAGGAUCAACUUAAAAAGAAGAUUACAGUUACAUUUAUUGGUGAACCAGGGUUAGAUAUGGGAGGCCUGACUAAGGAAUGGUUCCUUUUAUUAAUUCGACAAAUAUUUCGAUCUGAAUAUGGCAUGUUUUCUUAUAACAAAAUAACACAGAAUUUCUGGUUCACCAUGGGCCGAUCAGGCAAUUUAAUGGAAUAUAACUUGAUUGGUGUAUUAAUGGGCUUAGCGGUCUAUAACAGUAUCGUUUUAGAUAUAAGAUUUCCACGUCCAUGCUAUAAAAAAUUAUUAGCACUUCCUAGUGGACAUUCUAAUAGGCCUCAAACUCGCGUCGGAAUGGCACAUUUAAAUCUAAAUGACUUACAGCAAGUAUUUCCGGAUCUAGCUCAUGGAUUGCAAGAACUUCUUGAUUAUAAUGGCAAUGUUGAAGAAGAUUUUUGUUAUACAUUUCAAUUAUCCUAUCAAUCUUUUGAGCGAGUCAAUACACAUAUUCUGAAACCCAACGGAAAUAAAAUUCCAGUUACAAACAAAAAUCGCUACGAAUAUGUUCAAUUAUACGUGGACUUUAUGAUGAAUCGGAUUAUCUAUCAUCAGUUUUCUUCAUUUUAUCGUGGAUUUCAUACUGUCUGUACAUCUAAUUCAUUAACGUUUCUUAAAGCUGAAGAACUUGAAAUAUUAAUUUGUGGUUAUCCAAAUUUUGAUAUAACCGAGCUUAUGGCCAUUACACAAUACGAAGGGUACACAAAAGAUAAUCGUGUUAUUAAGAAUUUCUGGGAUGUAGCUUUACAAUUAUCUAAAAAUAAACAGAGGCAGCUUCUUUCUUUCGUUACUGGGAGUGAUCGUAUUCCAGUUGGAGGCAUUACAGAGAUGAAUUUUAAAAUUCUCUAUGUUGAAAAUACAGACUACCUCCCAACAUCACAAACAUGCUUCAAUCAGUUAUGUCUACCACCUUACAAGAGUAAACAUAUCUUGAAGAAGAAAUUACUAAUUGCCUUAGCUAACUCGAAGGGAUUUGGAUUAGAAUGA